AGACCGGCAGCAAGUGGGGUGACGUGGGUCUGGGGUGUUAUGGAGCCCUGCAUCACCAGAGACCCUCAGUGGAGUCCAGUUUUCUGGAGAGCCUGUGGGAUGUCCUACCCUUUGAGGUUCUUCCCCCCCACUACUACCAGAGCCCAGUCCGCUGGGGGGACAGAGAUGCAGGACUGCGUCCCACCAGCAUCACCUCCAUCCCAGGCACCAUCACCAGUCUGCUACAGGACCUGAGCCUGGGUGAGGCUUCAGCCGCUUCAGCCUCCUCACCCUCCACCGCUCCACCCUCCAAGCGCCAGUGCCACUCCCUCUCCUGCUCAGAGGACCUGGGAGGCUGUCGGUCGGCCUGGAGGCCCCAGGGGUCCGGGGUGUGGACGGCUGUGGCGAAGAGGCGAUGCCACAGCGGAGGAAGUGUCCAGAGAGGAUUUGCAACAGGAGGAGGGACACGCUCUCAGCAGCUUGGGUUCCCUGCCAUGCAGCGUAGCUCCAGCUUCAGCCUGCCAGCUCGCUCCAACACCCUCUCCCUGGAUCUCCCUGGCUUUACCCCCAGCCCUUCCUACUUCAGCGGCUUAGCCCCGCCCUCUUACUCCUCCCUGUCCUCAGAACCCCCCAGGCCCUUCCUCUACCUCUCUCAUGAACAGAUCUGCCUCCCAGAGAUCCAGGGAGGCCCGGCGUCGCACCUGAGCUCCCCAGACUCCACCCCAGAGAUGAAGCGUCGUGCUGGGCAAGGGGGGCUGGCCCGGAGUCGCUCUCAGCCCUGCGUCCUCAACGACAAGAAGAUGGGUAUGAAGCGGAGGAGACCAGCCGACUCACACAAACAGAGGCCUUCUCUGGACCUGACCAAGAUGACACAGAAACUUCGGAAUUUCCAAAGCCUCAGCUGCCCUGGCAUCACUGGGGACGACAGCUAUCAAUCAACCCAGUGCCCGAUCCCUCUGAGGACCACUGACCAAUCUGAGACUGACUUCGCCUCCCCAGGCGAUCAGGGAUUGGACGGUCCGACCGCCAGCUCCAAAGAGGGCGGAGUCGUCACCGGUGUCUCUGGGGAGGAGGAUCCAGCCAUCUCCAUCGAGGAGCUGGAUUGGCUGAGCUCCCCGGUCUGCGAUGACGUGACAGCCACUGGCAUUAGGAAGGAUGUGUAUCAGCUGGGAGGAGAUCUGGACAUCGAUCAGAUCGAGAGGAACUGAAC